CACUAUUUAACACCCCAAAUUCACUUCCCAAGACUCACCAUAAUUUACACGGGGUUGCUUUUUGAUACCCAUGGUCUCAGAUUUUUCAGUGUUAUUCUCCUCAUCUUGACCCUGCAAUUAAGAAUUUGGGUUCACGUUCAUUCCAAUAAAUUUAUUCGGUUGGCUGUCGGCCUCCAGCCUCGCCGAUGUGUCGGAUUGUAAUUCAGAGAUGAUUAGGGACACGGUUUAUCAGUCAUCGGAAUUAGCUCUCCUACCCCAACUGCACCCCAUUUAAUAGACUUACUUCCCAACCUCCCACUUCAAAACCCAGAAACUCUACCAUUUUUCUUUUUAAAAUCCAUUUGCGGAUCUCAUUCUAUUGCCAUUCCUGGUUCUGGGUCUUCAUUUUCUGCUCGUUUUAGGAUCUGGGCAGAAUUAAUAGGGUUACUUCACCUACUGGUUCUCGGAUUUGGCUGCAAAAAUGAAGGUCUCAGUAGUUUCUCGCAGUGGAAGGGAGGUUGUUAAGGGCGGCAUUCAACUAAGCGAUUCUGCUUCGGUGGCCGAUCUGCAGGAAGCGAUUUAUAAGCGAACAAAAAAGUUCUACCCUGCCAGGCAACGGUUAACUCUUCCCCUUCAACCGGGUUCGAAGGAGAGGCCUACUGUUCUUAACUACAAGAAAAGCCUCAGAGAAUAUUGUAGCGACAACUCGGACAACAUAACUGUCGUCUUCAAGGACUUGGGCACGCAAGUUUCAUAUCGUACACUCUUCUUUUGGGAAUACUUGGGUCCCUUGAUCCUCUACCCCAUCUUUUACUACUUCCCUGUAUAUCAGUUCUUUGGCUACAAGGCAGAACGUGUCAUCCAUCCAGUUCAGACGUAUGCAAUGUGCUACUGGUGUUUUCACUAUUUCAAACGAAUCUUGGAAACAUUUUUCGUGCAUCGGUUCAGCCACGCGACCUCACCACUUUCAAACGUGUUUCGGAACUGUGCUUACUACUGGACCUUUGGCGCGUAUAUUGCGUAUUAUGUUAAUCAUCCACUUUAUACCCCUGUUAGUGAGCUUCAAAUGAAGAUUGGGUUCGCAUUUGGUUUGCUGUGUCAAGUGUCAAACUUGUACUGUCAUAUCUUGCUGAGAAAAUUGCGCAACCCUGAAGGCAGUGGGGGAUAUCAAAUCCCAAAGGGGUUUCUGUUCAACAUCGUGACAUGUGCAAAUUACACAACUGAAAUAUAUCAGUGGGUAGGUUUCAACAUAGCUACACAGACUGUUGCUGGUUACAUCUUCCUUGUGGUUGCUACUCUUAUCAUGACAAACUGGGCUCUUGCGAAGCACCGUCGCCUCAAGAAGCUGUUUGAUGGGAAGGAGGGAAGGCCAAAGUAUCCACGCAGAUGGGUGAUACUUCCUCCACUUUUGUAGAAGGAUUGGGGACGGCCUCACCAUCCAUCCAAUCCAUCCAAGUUGGUAGCUUUUUAGUUUACUGUGUCCCUUGAAAGACACCACACAGACACCAUUUUUCCAAUGCCAAUUUAUGUUCUUUAAUGUUGUUGUCUUCUCUUAACAGUUUGGACAAUGGUCCUUUUUUUUGUCUUGUUUUGUUGUCUAGUGUAUUGUUGGCGACUGAUGGUUGUAUUGUAUGUUUUCUUCUAAUAGCCUUAAGAACAUCUUUUUUAGCUUCAAAAUAAUGGAAAAGUUAAGAUUUUUAAAAUAUAA